ACUGGUAACAAAAAUAAAUACGUAACCUUCGGUAACCUAAAAUGUUUAUUAAUGUCUUGGUUGAUAAAAUGUUAUCAAAUAAAUAAAUUGACAAAUCAUUUAUCACGGAGCGAAAGCGACGUGUGUUUGCGUUUAGUGUACAUAUUUUGUGUUAAUCUAGUUUAGAAGGUUUAUUUUGCAGUGAAAGUAACAAUAAUGGCUCUCUCAAAACCUAUUAUGAAAUUAUUAUCAUCAUAUUUACAGAAUUUGUAUUUAAAUCCUAUAAGAACAAAGUCUAUAUCAAGCUGCGUGGUGGGUGUAACAGGCAGUGUUGCAUCACAGUUACUAGCUGGCGGUAGAAUAAGACUGGACCCCAUACUAGCUUUUGGACUUUAUGGGUUAUUAUUUGGUGGGAGCAUUCCUCAUUACUUUUAUGAAACUCUAGAAAAUCUGUUUCCUGAAGAUGUAGUUGCAUUUCCCGUAGUAAAGCAAUUGUUUAUCGAAAGAUUAAUAUUCGCUCCGUUCAUGCAAGCGUUUUCCUUGUAUACGUUGGCCAGAUUUGAAGGGAAAAACCAUGCGGCAGCUUUGAAACAAUUGCAGGUUCUAUAUGUACCAAUAUUACAAGCAAAUUGGAAAUGGCUAACGAUAUUCCAAGUUAUUAAUUUGGCAUUUGUGCCAUCGAUGUUACGAGUACUCUUUAUGAACUUAGUUGGAUUGGGUUGGUGCAUAUUUUUAGCAACAAAAAGGCGCCAACAAUCUCAGAAGAAAGAAUGAACAUAUACAGGAUCUAAUUUAUCAAUUGCGCACUCGGGGUGGUGGAUAUGAUAAUUAAAAUUAAACUGUUAAGUACAUAAGGGAUUGAAAUCUUGGGGCACUCAUUAGGCAGUAUUUUUAAGCCUAAUUUGUAGUCCAUUAUUGGGUAAAGGUCUAACCUUUAUACUUGUUAAAUCCUUUUAAAUUGUUUAAUAUAUCUUUAUUGGAUAUAUUUUACAAUUUCAUGGGGAAAGAGAACUAUCCUUACGCGAAUAAACCUUUCAAGUCACAAUAAUAAUUGAAAACAUGAAUGAUUGUUUGUGUAAAACAAAUUAUGUAUUAAGUUAAUAUAAGGUAUAGGGUUUUUUUAAAGCGUUGUUUCUGUAAAUUCUAUGGUGUCUAAACAUUCCUCAAUGAUGCUAAGCACUGACUACUGCAUUUAUAGAGGAUAAUAUAUUUUUGUACGUAUAAAUAUAGGGUGUAAAUAAGAAAUAGGAAAAUUUUGUAUUAAUUUAUUUGACAACAGCAAUUGAAUCCAUUAAAUUGUUAGAUAUUUUAAUAUAAUAUAUUCUGUAACCAUCUAUAUGCUGUUAUUAUCAAUUCGAUAAAAUCAAUUCGGUCGGCGAGUGCAAGUUAUUUUAACAUUUUUGGGAUAUCAUUGCUAUCCUUACAAGCAGAUAGGACACUAUAUGGUUUUAAAAAAGAUGACUGUUUACAUUUGUGUAAAAUAAAAUAUUAAAUUAAUUACAUAAUUAUAUCGGGUUUGGUACAAAACUGACCAUGAAAGUAAUCGUUCUGACCCAUUUUCUAUACUGUAUUUAAGAUUUAUUAUGUUGAUAUAUAUCUUAGAGAGCAUCAUCAGAGGAUCACAAUGAUUUCCCUUUCAAUCUGUGUCUAAUACAUUAAUAUUUUAUACAUCAUGAUAAUUAUAAUGUUUUUAUCGUUAUAA